AUGAAGCUUUCUUCUCCUCGUCCUUCCUCCCCCGUCAACGGCGGCGCUGCUGCCAGCGGUGCCAACAUCGGCCGACCCUCAUCUCCUGCUAUCCCUGGUGGUCCCCGUACUGCCAUCCGACGACGCGCUGCCGCCGACCAGAAGGAGAAGAUUGCCAAUGCUCGACCAAGCAGCACUCGCGCCGCUGGCGCCGGUGGUUCCAGCAGCACCAUGCUGCGACUUUACACCGAUGAGUCGCCCGGUCUUAAGGUCGACCCCGUCGUUGUCCUUGUUCUGUCUCUUGUCUUUAUCUUCAGCGUUGUUGCUCUUCACAUUAUCGCCAAGAUUACCCGAAAGUUCUCCAGCUAA